UCAAAUCAACUGCAAUUAAAUCUGAUAUUAUGUUUGUUGUAAACGAGGGCCUUUUGGUUAAUUACACUAAAUUUAUAUAUUACAUUAACAGCCCAAAUGAGACACAAAAAUAUUUUUGAUAAAGAUGGAAGGUACAAAAUGUGAGAGAAGAACCGAAAAGGCUGGGGGGGGGGUUUAAUAGCCAGUAAUAACAAAUUGCCUGUUAUACAAACCCUACAGAACACACUGUCAGCAAUGAACACCCUAACAUUCAAAAGGAGGGGUAAUGGCAAUGAGACCAUGUGAGUGGGCAUACUGUAGAAUUUGGAUAGACAGAGAGAGAGAGAGAGAGAGAGAGAGAGAGAGAGGGGAGAGUACAGAGACUAAUCUAUUGAACUGUAUAAAGCAGAGACUAUUGAACUUUAUAAAGCAGAGGACAGAUUCAGUAGUAAUCAGGAUAUGUACUCAGAAGCAAAAGAAUCUGUAACCUGUAAGCUGAUUUAUGACUGGUUGGCCUGCUGUUGCCCGUUUGACCUGCAGCUUUUAGUGCCCAGAGUUUAUGGACAGACUGACCAACAGAGAACUGCAUCUCUAAAUUCACUUUCAGCCUUCAACAACAGCAAACAUGACAACUGCCACAAGACUUCUGGAUGAGCUCUGUCACUUAACGGCUCAGUCUCUAGAAUUACUGGAGCCUUUAGAUCACUUCCAAGUUAUUAAACUUCUUGGAGAGGGUUCAUAUGGAAAAGUCAAAUUAGCAGUACACAAGAAGAGAGGAACCCCAAUGGCCCUUAAAUUCUUUCUGCGAGACGACACAUCUCUACUGUCAUUUCUGAGGGAAUAUAACCUGUCUUUGGCCUUCUGCACCCACCCCUCACUUACAUCAGCUUUAGGCAUCGCAUUCUCCACUCCUACUCACUAUGUGUUCGCCCAGCAACCUUGCCUUUAUGGUGACCUCUAUGAUGUCAUCGUUCCUGAGUCUGUCCCAAUGCAGUACACUUACAUGGAUGUUUCUACUGAUCCUGAAGACCUUGAUCAGCUUGUUCAGGUUGGUCUGGUAGAGAGCCGUGCCCAGGUAGUGGCUUCCCAGAUCAGUGGUGCCCUCUCUCACCUCCAUUCCCUUGGCUUUGUCCAUCGUGACGUCAAGCCGGAAAACAUCUUCCUAUGUGACCGUGAGUGUCGUUGGGUCAAACUUGGUGAUUUUGGCAUGGUGAAGGCUAAAGGCACCAGGGUACCAUGUGUGUGGUACAGCUCCCCUUACUGCACGCCUGAGACGGAGACGGCAAAGAAGAAAGAAGAGAACCAUUCGAGCCACUUGGGGGUGGACAACAAUGGGAACAAGCAAAAAGGGGACUUUGGAAAGACUCACAGGAUGUUGGUGUCUGUGGAUCCCAGUACAGACAGCUGGGCAUUAGGCAUUCUAAUCUACGCCAUGCUCAUGGGAAGCCUUCCAUGGUCUGAGACCGUUUCAGACAACACUGCAUAUAAAACCUAUCUACAAUGGACCAAUUGGGAAGAUUCAGCAUCACAAGAGGGAGGGUCAAAUCAGCCUGAAAUCUUCCACCACAUGGCUCCACAGUUUGCGGCGUUCACUCCUCUUGCGGCUUGUCUUCUUAGGUCCCUGCUCCACCCACAGUUCAGGCUUCGUGGCAGGCCAGAUGAGGUGGAAAGAUAUCUGGGAGGAGCCUGGCUAUUGGACAAGGAUGUCAGUGGGUGAUGCAUCACAGGAAGUGCAGGACCAAGAUCAGUGGUUUGUUGUCAUCUUGUCACUCACUCCAUGGUGGGAACAGUGGUCAUCACCUUUUAGAAGUAGUUCUGAUGGUAGUUUUAAUCAUAAGCCUGCUGUGUAUCCUAUACACAUUAUUAGUUGAGUUUGUUUUCCCAACUGACCACUAUAGAUCUUAGCUGUAAACACUAAGGGCCAGAUUUACCAAACAGGGCAAAUUAACGUGAGAGCGCAAUCCCAUAAAAGUGCAGAUUGGAGCGGAAGGUUCUGCGGUUGAUCUACUGACAAUGCCAUUUGUCUUAGUAGAUCUACAAUCUACCAAGAGCAGUGCAAAUUAGUGUCUGGAUGAAGACAUGCUUUUUGGGCAUUAAAUUAUGGCACAAAUACCAGUUCUUGACUAGCACCAACCUUAGUAAAUGGUGUUGGGGUAUUCUGGUGUCAGAAUACCUCAGAAGAGUUGUUAAGGGUUAUAAAGUAUAAUUAAAAAGGGGUACAAAGUGUGUUUCUGAAAAUUUCAUCCACAGUCCAGCAACAUUACUACACUCCAAAACAAUGUGCGUACUACAAAGAUCAGUGUAACGCUAUAUCAUGAAAUCUGUACCAAGAAUAUUACAGUGACAGCUAAGGAUCUGCAUCUUAAUAAUAUCUGUAUUUAUAAGUCUAAAAAAUAUUGCUGCCAUCUCCACUUUCCAAAAUCCAAAUGGACUUCUUGGAAGAAAAAAAAAGAAAGUAAGGCGAGACUUGAUUUUGUUCAUCUGGAAUUGGUUGGAUGGUUGUUUGCUAAUUGCUGCAAUCUUCAAGUAAGUGACAGGUUGUUGGAUGGGAUAGAUUACUGCCUUAGUGCUGGUGCACAAAUCAGAGAAAAAUUUUGUUGUGAGAGCAAGUUGUUGUUUUUGAUUAAAGAUUACAAGGGCACAUUUAUAAUAAAUGUUACAAUAUUUUAUGUGGACCUCCCACAUGCAUAAUAAAACAGGAUUUCCCAUCUGGGGGAUCUUGAUCCCCUAGGUGUCCAUGGUGGAAGUGCAGGAAACUUGUGAUAGAAAUUAUAGAAAUGUUAAUAAAGGAUUCAAAAUUUU